AUGUUUGUGAACCCACAACAAUGCAUUAUUCCCCAAGUUAACUCCAACACACAGAGCGUUCGACUGAUCCGUCUUGAGAAUCGGAUGGAUCAACUUCUUACUCAGUCGGUUUCAACUCAUUCCCAAAUUGGUAGUUUAACAAACAACAUUGUGAUUCUAGAUUCAAAACUGGAUUUUGUGACAACUCUUUUGAAUCAAAUGGCGUCAAAGUUCUCCGACCUUUUAAUUCAAAAUGUCAACAUGAAAAAGUCGAUUGAUGGUCUUCAAAGUCACUUUCCCACCAAAACCGAGAAAAUUGACGAAGUUGAAAAAUUGCCGUCGAAAAUUGAAAAGGUUCAAAAUCGGGUCCAACAAAGUGCGCCGACGCAAUGCACCAAAUCACCAUCACCGAAACUACAACCAAAACAAACACAUCCGUUUCAACAAGAAGUCCAACGCCCGAAUUAUCCCGCCAAAAGUCCGAGUCCAAACACCCCCAAAGAGCAGAAGAAGCCGUCAAUUCCAAUAAGAAAUACAACGAAACCGACUCCAUCGGUGCCAAAAAAUAAGAAGGACGACUUUGCGGGGCUCUCAUUUGAAACGGAAAUUGGUGAUAUCAAAAAACAGCAGAAAGACGACAAUUUGAGUGUCAAAAAGAAAGGCGACGAAGAGAUAAAGAAAGUCCAAACCAAACUUGAAAACGUCGAAAGUGAUGACAAAAACAGUUUACUGGAAAUUGCGACAGAUGUGAAGAAGAAGAAUAAUAAAAAGAAAAAGACAGAGAGUGCUACACUGGCUGGAGUUAAGAUAUCAGAGAUACCAAACAUAGUACCAAUCCCUUCUGUUCCUAAUGUCCCGACUAUCUCAUUGGUGGAAACUAAGAAGUCAACAAAAGAAGAGGGGUCGGUUGUGUCGCAUAUGAAUGAUAAGAAUAUCAGUGAACAAAAAGACGCAAAAAAGGACGACAAAAAUCGGUUCAUCCCAACAAAAGACCAAAUCGAACAAUUCACCCUCGAACGCCUCAAAGACACAGAAAAGAAACACAUCGACGACUAUAACACAGUGAGACAAAAUAAUGACGCCAAGAAAAGUACUAUUAAGAAACUAAAAACGGAAAUGAAAGGUAUUACAGAGGAAACUAAAAAAGACGAGAAAGAAGAUAAUUAUCAUAUUAUUGAACAAAAAGAAGAAAAAAUAGAAAAAAUUGUUGAAAUACCAAAAAUACCACAAGCAAAAAAAGAAAUCCAAAUCCCAAAAAUUCCUGUUUCAAAUGAUGAAGUAAAUUAUUGUAAUGAAACACAACAAAAGGUGGUCUUAGAAAACAACUCGAUGUCGUCAAAGAUAGAUAAGAAACCAAAUAAAAAGAUAAGUCCUGUUCCUGUUUUACCAAUAAUCUCAGUCAUAUAA